AUGCUGGCCUUCAGGGCAUCAGCAUCCAGCAGCUGCCUCUCGUCCGCUAAACCCUUUGUGGACGGCCCCCUAGUUGCACGCGCUGGAGCAAUCCCGCGCUGCCAUUGGCCAGCCGGCGUCAACCACUUCCACCCCGGCGCCUCGUCCUGCUUUGCCUCCUUCACUUCGCCAACUCCUUUGCUCUUCAACGCCGACAGCAGAUUCUGCCUUGUCGGUCCAGCAAUCGACGACCACGACCCUUCCACCGGCGCCAUCAUCACCGUCUCCGAUACCGCCGUCUCGUCCCUCAUCCCUUCUCCGACGCUUCCUCCUGUUCCUCGUCGUGCAGCCGCCAUACGUAGCCGUCGCAUUUCUUCGUCGAUCCAGCCGCCCACACAACCACCAACUGCCCUGCGCCAACGACAGCUCCCUACGUCGUGGAUUAGCGCCCACUUACCGGGACACUCUCUCGCUCACGUUCACCGCGGUCGUCUCGGCGGCCGUGCCGACAGCGUGUUUCCCACGGAUCCUCUGCCAUCCCGAGCGCCUCCCUCCCCAUCCUUCCCGGCCUCCCUAGAUGCGCCGGUCAAGCCUCACCUCUCCUCUCCGAAGCCCGCCUAUCCCGGCGCCGACAAAUCCCCGGCGAAUCUAGCCGCCGUUGCCGCUGCCGCAUUGAACCAACAUCCCUCCGCCAGACACCCCGCUGGCCGUCAUCAGGAGUCGUCCGCUUUCCCUCUCUCGCCCUUCCGACCCCGUGCAGCUGGUCCGGCUCUGCGCCGCGUCCGUCGACUCUCAGCUGCCCGUCUUUGGAAUCCCACAAACUCGACCCCUCGUCCCCAUACAUCUCGCAAGCGACGACCCUCGACACCUCCUCCGCCGUCCGUCCCGCUCCAGCAUCCCGUCUUUAGCGAUUCCCAUCACAAGACCGACCCCGUGGGAACCGGUGCUAGCGAUUACCCUCUGCUUACCCUCCCUGAACAACGCCAGACUCGACAUUCAGUAUCAACCCGUGCCAGCUUGCAAGUGGACCGUCAAGGUGGUAGCGAUCACCGCGUGAGCCUACCUGGGUCAGUUCGGGCUUCCUACGACGAAAAGCGAACUCGCAACCCCAUUACAUCUCCGACCGAUUUUGAAGCUGGACCUAGCAGGCAACCGCACCAGGAGGGCGAAUUCUUCGACGAAAUUCCAGUCAAACUUGACAAGGGCAAAGGAAAGGCCAUCAUGACGACUCAAGAGCCGCCGAGGGAGUCCUUCUCCCAUGAUCUGGAGCGUGGGCCUGAUGUGAUGGAUCCGCGCAUUUCAAAUGUGUCCGCCGGAGAUGGCAUUGGAUCUGCCCUGUCUUCAACGGAUUCUUCCAUUAUGGGCGAGGAGGUCGAACCAGACGCAGCUGGAGAAUGGGGUCCUCAACAUCCUUGCUACCCACACAUGAACCCCCAUGUACCCAUGGAGUCGCCCGAGUAUGUGAGCACUCGUAUCAUCCGGAUUCGAAGAGAUUGGCUGCUAGAGGGCGAUCUGGCUCCUACAUUUUCCAACCUAUACCCCGAAAUUCUGGACCCGGCCGGGUUGUCCGAGCUGGAGUUCCGUCGGGUCAUCGAGAAGCUCAAUGCCGAAUUGAUUCCUGCCUUUAACCCGUAUAGCAUGAGGAACAUGGUUGAUAGCAUGCUCGGGCUCGUGACCGGUUGGCUGUGGGACGAUUUCGGCUUGACAGGCAUCAAAUCGCGGUUGAGCAACCUCGAACGCUGGAUCGAGAAGUGGAAUGUGGAGAUGGAGAAGGCAAUUGGGUCUGAAGAUGGAGCAUUGGCACCCAAGCUCGUGUCCCUCCGACGAACAGGGUACAUGACGCUGGACAUUCAAAUUCCCGACCCAGAAAUUGCUCCUGCCCCAAGCACGACUGCUGGUGACUCGAGGGUUAUCUUACCGUUGGAACCUAUUCCCAGCCUCACUACAUGA